AUGACCACGUCGCGCGCGCGUCGCACCCCGUCCGUCGAGAUCGAGGUGCGCCGCACCACCACCACGGCGUCCGCCAACAGCCCCGCAGGCGCCUCGACUUCGACCCCACGCCACCGCCGCGGCAGGAGCACCACCGCACCGCUCGCCGUCGUCGACGAGGGCGACGCCGAGCCCGCACCGCCUCCCGCCGCCACCGCCGGCGAGCGGUACGCGCGCUCGCUCGCGAGCCGCAAGAAGGACGCCGUCGGGCACGCCUACCCGCCACCGCCGCCAGUCGCGCCCGCGCCCGUCUACUCGUCGGGCUUUCAGAACACGAGCGUCAACAUCGCCAACGCGUUCAAGGCGGCGACGAGCGGGCAGGGCGGCGUGCGCGUCGGCGGCAGGAGGGAGGACUUUGCGGCGCCAGCGGGCCGGCGCGACGACAAGAACGAGGGCGAGGACGAGGGAGACAGCGAGGAGGAGGAGAACAUCAUCAAGGUGGCGGCCAAGCAGGCUGCCGCACCGACGAGUGCGGGCAAGAAGCGCAAGAAGAACGUCGUCAAGGACCCGUCGUACAAGUCGCAGGCCGGCCAAUCGUCAAGCAGCGAGGAGUCGGAGCUCGAUGCCCAGCGCGGCGUCCAGAAGCGCCCAAAGGUCGCCUCGGACGACGAGGGCACCGCCGCGUCAACCAGUCGCUCCUACCGGCGACGCUCGAGCAAGCCCGUCGACCCGCCCUAUCGUCCUGAUCCUGCAUCGGCCGCCUCGUCCGACGAGUACACGCCCCGCGGUCGCCACAAGAGCAAGGGCAAAGGGCGCACGAGCCUCGGCCCGGGCGCGGCGACUCACGCGCUCGCGCGCGGCGUCCAGGAGGCCGAGAUCUGGUACGGCAAGAAGCCCAAGGGCCGCAGGGGCGGGAGGCGGAGCGGAGAAGGCGGCGAGAGCGAGGAGGACGAUGACGAGGAGGAGGACGAGUCCGAGCAGGACGAGCACGGCGACGAGCGGGACCUCGGCGGUAUGGACCCGCACGAGCACGACCCGGCGGGCGACCGCGACGUCUCGCACGACCGCGACGGCGACGGCUCGGCGACACCUCCCGCGGUGUCCUACUACCUCCGCGUCGGCUCGCCCUCGCCGACGCACUCGAGCGAGGCGAGCCGGCGGCAGCAGCCCGGCCCGCCGUCCAACCUCGGCCGCUCGCCCUCGCCCUUUCACUCGAACGUCGGCGCCUCGACCUCUGGCGCCGUCGAUCCCGCGUUCGCCGCCUUUGACCGCUCGCUCGACGCCGACUCGAGCGGGCCCGGCGACCACCCCGGCGACGGCCACAGCCUGUCGGCGUCGUUCGACGACUCGGUCCUGCGCGGCUCGUCGUACGACUUUUGCGAGGAGGAGCGCAUCGUGCAGGCGCUCGAGGCGCAGAAGCAGCGCCAGCUCGAGGCGCAGCAGGCGCGCGCCCGUCAGCUCCAGCAGCAGCAGCAGCGCCAAGGCGGGCCGCCGCCGACGCCGGGCGGCAUGGCGACGCCGAGGCCGAGCACGGGCGCGUACCCGCUCACGCCGCAGGCGGCGGGCGCGAGCCCCGUCAGCGCCAUGCGCAAGCGGCGCCUGCCCGGCCCGCCGUCGAUGCUCGGCGCGGGCACGACGUUCGGCGCGCAGGACGAGGGCGAGGAGGAGGACGGCGCGGCGGGCGGGACCGCGAGCGAGGGCAAGUGGGGCCGCAGGUGCGGCGAUGCGCUGCGGCCCUUGGUGCGCGUGGUCGAGCGCGCGAGGCGCAAGGCGCAGGACCCGCUCCUCGACUGGGCCAAGAUCCGCAGGGCGCUCGGUGCGCUCUUGCUCGCCUCGGCGCUCAUCGUCGCUGUCUGGCGGUACGACCUUCUCGACAAGCUCGCGCCGACCUCGACCUCGUCGCCGCCGCCACCGCCCUUUAUCGCGCCCGACGUCCCGCCCGACUCGCUCGAGGGCCUCAUCGCCCGCCUUUCCGAGCUCGAGUCGGUCAUGGGCCGUCUUUCGUCGUCGUCCGAAUCGGACCGCCAGCGCUCGUCGCACGACCGCAGCGCCAUCUCGCGCCUCGCGUCGCAGCUCGACACGCUUGAGACGAGCGUCUCGGUCGAGCAGUCGCGCAUCACGACGGCGCUUGAAGGCGUCGAGCGCGACAGCGUGCAGCAUGCCGCCGAGGCGAGCCGGGCGGUCCUCGGCGUCAAGGACGAGCUCGAGGGCCUGCAGGGCCGGCUCAAGGCGCUCGCCGUCGCGCAGCAGGCCGACGCGCGCGAGAUUGUGCGCCUCGAGGGCACCGUGUCGACCGUGUCGGACGACGUCGACUCGGUCAAGCGCCACGUCACCCAGGUCGCCAAGGACGUCGAGGCGGCGACUCGGUCGGAGCGCAUCACGCAGCUCGCGCUCGACGCCAUCGCGCAGAAGCUCCCGGGCAAGAUCGCCGUCAUGAUGGACAAGAGCGGCCGGCUCGAGAUCGACCCGGCCUUCUGGCGCGUCCUCAAGGACGCGUUCGUCGACAAGAAGGCCGUCGAGCGCACGGUCGACGCCAAGCUCGCCGCCAUCGACGGCACCAAGCGUGGCGGCCUGUUCGGCGGCUCGUCGUCGAAGGAGGCCAAGCCGCCGGCGCCCGUCGUCGCCGCGCCGCCGGCGCCCGUCGUCGCCGCGCCGCCGUCGUGGGCCGACUUCCUCUCGGCCAACGAGGGCGCGCUCCGGGCGUUCGUCGCGAACGACCUCACCUCGCGCGUCGGCUCGUCGGACGCCUUCCUCUCGAAGCAGCAGUUCCUCGACCUCUUGCGCCGCGAGAUCAAGACGCUCAAGCGCGACUUUGAGAACAAGGCGCACGACAACUUCGAGCAGAUGGGCCGCGAGCUCCUCAACAAGGUCGCCAAGCAGGACGACAUGCGCCGCAAGGAGCAACAGCGGGCUCAGCCUGUCGUCGGCGCGGGCACGUCAUCGUCGUCGUCGUCGUCGGGCGCGCCCGUCACGAUCAAGUCGAGCGACGGCCAGAACGUGACGGCCGUCAUCUCGUCGCUGGUCGACUCGGCCAUCCUGCGCUACUCCAAGGACGUCCUGGCCCGCCCCGAUUACGCCCUGUUCACCUCGGGCGGCCGCGUCAUCCGCUCCCUCACGUCGCCGUCGUACGACCCGCACCCGUCGUCCGCCGCGCGCUCGGCCCUCGCCUGGCUCACGGGCACCAAGGCGCCGCGCGGUCGCCCGCCCGUCACGGCACUCCACUCGGACAACUCGCCCGGGUCGUGCUGGCCCUUUGCCGGGCAGCAGGGUCAGCUCGGCAUCCAGCUGAGCCGUCGCGUCGUCCCGACCGACGUCACGCUCGAGCACAUCUCGACCGACGUCGCCCUCGACGGCGACGUGUCGUCGGCGCCCAAGGACUUUGAGGUGUGGGGCAUCGUCGAGGGCACCGACAACGUCGCCAAGGUCGGCCAGUACCGCGCCGAGCAGCUUGCCGCCAAGCGCGCCGCUCGCGACGCCGCCCUCGAGGCUGGCUCGCCGCUCGACCCGCUCGCCGCCGAGCUCGACCUUAACCCGGCGUCCCUCCCGCCGAGCGCCAACCACGUCCUCCUCGCCGUCGGCGCGUACGACCCGGCGCUCCCCUCGCCGGUCCAGACCUUCCCGGUCACGCCCGCCGCCCGCCACCUCGCCAUUCCCGUCCAGGUCGUCGUCGUCAAGGUGCUCAGCAACCACGGCGAGGAGGCCUACACGUGCUUGUACCGCGUCCGUGUCAGCGGGACGACCGAGGCGCAGCUCGACGGCGUCGAUUCGACUUAGACCUCUGUCUCUCAAGCGGUCGCCCUUCUCUCUCAUUCCUCUCCUCCUUCGAUACCCUCUCUCGCUCUCACUCCUUUCCUUAUCCCCUUAUGCUGUCACAUACUCGGUCGUUACCCCCUCCCUCGCCCUGUCUACAAAGGUCCCUCUCUCUUCCUCGCAGUGCAACUCUCUCCGCCCGCUUUGCUUU